CGGGAAGCAGCGCCACAAGUGAGAGGGAGGGGAAGGUGUGCCUUGGUAGCGGGCAUAGCGCGGCCACCUCAGCGCCGGCAGUUUGCGUUGUGCGGAGGAUUCCUGCCACGUCAGCGAGUUGUGCGAAGCUGCUCAACCUCUGCCGGUGACCGACAUCGCGCCACUCCCAGAUUCUCCACCGGUGAGACAGCAAAGACAAUGCAAAAUCGGGCGAAGCGCUGUCAGGUCUACCGCGCUGUCGUUUUGUGAAGGAAACCAGAGCCAUCUAUUUGUAUGCAGACUUCACCUCUGUCUUGGGCUGGCUUGCACUUAUAUGCUAUUUAUACAUGUAGCUGAGGCUCUUCCCGGCCCUCCAGCAAGGGGAUAGGGAAGACUGCGCGUGGGUGCGAAGCACACAGCUUUGUCAGCAAUGGCAGCGAUAAUGGGGACAGCAGUAGCUGCCACUGCAGAGGCACGGAGCUCUCCUGUGCUGGAGUCUUUUAGCCGUUCUUCUUCUUGUGGCUGUGGUUCUUCUUCUUCAUCUUCAUCUUCUUCUUCUUCCUUGUCGUUUCCUUCGGGUGAGAUUAGACUAUCCCAGAUUAUUUCUAAGAAGGCAUUCACGAUCGUCAGCAGGCGGCAUAUCGAAGGCCUAACCAAGUCCGCAAGUGCAAAAAGCUGCUGCAGUUGCUCCUUACACUGUCAUGGCCCCAGUCUCCCUCCUGCACCGCUAUCGCGACGUGUACGCCAUCAGCUCAUCGAGAAAACUCUUCCCAGGGCAACAGGUGUCAAUGCCCUGCCCAGGUUCACAACGGCGACGAUGACGACGGGGAGGAGGAGGAGCGCAAGACGGCUCGUCUGUGCAGCAUCCCAAGGAGAAUCCUCCGAGGUUGCCUCAGCCGACCAGGAUCGUAGUAAUGCGGCACCCGUCCUAACUCGGCCAGCAGCAGCAGGAGAUCAAUCAUCCCCCUCCUCUUCGCCACCCAUAACCUCAACAAGCGGCGAGUCGAAGGCUCCAUCCUCUUCGUUGUCGUCCCCCGCAUCAUCUGGAAGCAAUGCAAACGACAAGAAGCCUACAGUCCAGGAUGGCGCCAGCGCGAACAGCGGGAGCGAGAGGCGGGAGCAGGUUGAUAAGAUUGCCAAUGCGCCGAAGGUAGGGGGAGCAGGGCUGGCUGGUGGAGAAAGCGCGUCGGGAAAGUCGACGGCAGCGGCGGUGGGCGCAUCCAUGUCAAAGAUUGGAUUCAGUAGCCGUACAAAUUCCCGUGUGCUCCAAGCUCUUAAGCAGAGUGACAAGAGCAGUGGUGAUCCCAGUGAUCCUGCCUCUCCUGGAAGUGGGAUUAGUCAGCUCACGUUUGGCCGCCCCGUGGCACCGAAAAACAUAUUUGAUGUGGAGCCUUCGAAAGAGAGAAUAGCAGCAGCUUCAGAGAAGAAGAAGCAGCCGUUCAGUGUCUCAAAAGGACAGUUGUUUAUUUUGUUCUCUUUCACACUCAUCAUAUCAAUUAUGGUAGGGACUGCGUACCUAGUAUGGAAAGUUGGUGCUAUUCAUUACAAUACCUAGUGUGUUCUGAUAUGGUAAUGGGUUAGUUAAUAAUAUUUGGGACACUCAAGG